UUUAAACCAUUGAGUAUUCAAAGGUCACUGCUACCACCACUUAUCACUUAUCAUUCAUAAAACUUCAUAAACUUUGACUGCAAAAAACAAGGAUUAUUUUCCUAAACAACCUCGACUUCCCAAUGAAGUUGAAAUAUACUAGAAUUUUAGGCUCUCAAGGUGUCAAAGUUUUUUUAGGGUUUUAAAACUUUCUUACUUUUCUUUCUUUCUUUUCUUAGGGUUUUUAAUUAUUUUGAAUGUGCUAGAUUCAAAAAAGAAUCAUGUCAAAGGGGGGUUCAUUGAAGAAAGAAGCAUGGGAGGUAUUAAGAAAGUCAAUCAUGUAUCAUCAUGGAAUGCCCAUUGGAACCAUUGCCGCUACCACCAUAGACCCAUUGGAAGAUAUGGUUAAUUAUAAUCAGGUAUUCAUGCGGGAUUUUUUUUCAUCAGGAAUUGCCUUCCUUAUUGCGGGUGAACCAGAAAUAGUGAAAAAUUUCUUAUUGAUGGCCGUACAACUUCAAGGAGAUGAAAAACAAGUUGAUUGUUUCACUUUGGGAGAAGGUGUCAUGCCUGCUAGUUUUAAAGUUACAGUAGAUCAAAAUUCAAAUCAAGAAUCUGUGGAAGCUGAUUUUGGCGAUGCAGCAAUUGCAAGAGUGGCUCCCGUGGAUUCUGGGUUUUGGUGGAUUGUUCUUCUCCGUGCGUACACGCACUCCACGGGAGAUCAUUCUGUGGCAAAUAGCCCACAAUGCCAAUUGGGCAUCAUCCGAUGUUUAAAUCUUUGCCUACAUGAUGGUUUUGACACAUUUCCUACACUUCUUUGUGCGGAUGGAUGCUCAAUGAUUGAUCGACGCAUGGGCAUAUAUGGAUACCCACUUGAUAUCCAAUCACUAUUUUAUAUGGCACUUCGGUGUGGAAAAGAGCUUUUGAGACAAGAUAGAGACAUGGGAGCAUUUGUGGAACGUAUCGACAAACGCUUGCAUGCUCUUACAUUCCACAUGCGGCAAUAUUUUUGGCUUGACCACAACCAACUCAACAACAUCUAUCGCUACAAAACGGAAGAGUACUCUUACACAGCUGUGAACAAGUUCAAUAUCAUGCCGGAUUCACUUCCCAAUUGGGUGUUUGAAUUCAUGCCCAACAAAGGUGGAUACAUGGUGGGAAAUGUUUCCCCGGCUUUCAUGGAUUUUAGAUGGUUCACAAUUGGCAAUUUUUUAGCCAUAACCUCUUCUUUGGCCACCAAUCAACAAGCAAACGCUAUCAUGGAUUUGGUGGAAGAACGAUGGGACGAACUUAUUGGAGAAAUGCCAAUGAAGUGUAUGUAUCCGGCUUUAGAAGGUGAAGAGUGGCGUAUUGUCACCGGAUGUGAUCCUAAAAACACAAGAUGGAGUUAUCACAAUAGUGGCUCUUGGCCAGUUUUUUUGUGGUUUUUAACGGCGGCAGCUAUUAAAGUUGGAAGGCCCAAUAUUGCUCAUAGAGCCCUUGAAAUCGCUGAGAAGCGAUUGUUGAAAGAUGAAUGGCCAGAAUACUAUGAUGGAAAAUUAGGGCGUACAAUUGGUAAACAAGCUCGUAAGCUACAAACAUGGACCAUUUCCGGGUAUUUGGUGGCCAAAUUGUUGUUAGAAGAUCCUUCUCAAGCUGAAAUGUUGUUUAUGGAUGAAGACAUGCGGUGUCGAAUUAAUCCUCUUGCAAGAUCAUCUUCCUCUGAAGGAGGAAAUUGUGGAAGUGAGUGUCGACCAACAAUGCAUCCGAGUCAACGACGUUCCAUUCAUUCAUCUUCUUGUCCAUUGUCAAAUCUUCAUCCACAUCAAGAGGAAGGUGGUUGUUGUAGAGAUUUUUAGGGUAAUAGGAAUUUUUUUGAGUUUAUUAGUGGGAAGGGAUUUUGUUUGGAAAGUCAAGGAUAAUAAUUCAACACUCAUGUUGGAUUUUUUGCAUCUUUGAGUUAAGAACUAUUCAACUACAAGCACAUUUAAAUGAUAAAUUCUUUUGUGUUUCCUCCA